AUGCUUGUCGAAGGAUCGCCAUUAAAUGAUCGUGAGUAUUCAACUGAUGAAGGAGUCGUCAAGGAUCCGCUUUACGAGGAAGUAGUGGAACAUGGAAAUGAAGAGUAUAAACCACCACCCAAAGAACCUUCAGAUGAAGAGCCCGAAGUGACCGUGGAUCCAGCAACAAAAUCACCUCCUGGGUUACGUCCUUCGACGCAUGCAGUACGUGAAGCCAAGGGCUUAUAUGAAGAGAACGAAAAUGAAUUUGAGAACGGUCCUUCUUUAACUGAAGGAGAUGUUCCCGAUAAUGCUGAUAUUGAUUCGUCAAGGCAACUAUCAUCUCUCGUGGCAGCAUCUCACCGGCAGAGCAGUGGUGUCGAAUCGAAAAGACAAAGUGCUGAAAAAGCUUCAAAGUUGCAUGAAGAAAUUACUGGAAAUCCUUUAGAGAUUGGUGAAAGGAGAAGUUCUUACUGA